AUGAAUGCGUCUGAUGAUGCUACAACGUGGAAAGGCGAGCCUAAUCUAACCCCGGAUGGUCGCUGGUUUGGGGACCCUGAAGUUUUGCAUAUUAAUGAGGAGUACUGGCCGUCAUCCUCCGAUGUUAUGUACGAUACAACCAAGGAGCAACGGUCCAGUUUGGUGAUCGAGCAUCAUGUAGUUCACUCGAUUUUCGACUGGGAGAGAUUUUCGAAAUGGCACCGUUUGUCUAAAACCGUCGGGUACGUUGUGCGAUAUGUCGGCAAUUUGAAAGCCAAAGCCCGAAAACAUCCCACUACAAAGGGUCCAUUGUGCCAAGAAGAGUUGGCAACAGCGGAGACGUGGAUCUUUCGCGCGAUUCAAAAGGAGGUCUACCCGAAGGAAGUGGGCAUACUGUCUUCCAUUGGCACUCAGAAAGGAGGCUCGAAAUUAGGCUGCGACAGUAAGCUUUUCAAACUUGCUGCAUUCAUGGAUGAGAAAGGGGUCAUGCGUAUGGAAAGCAGAAUCAGCCUGGCUUCGUUCGCGGCUUACGACACAAGGUACCCCAUCAUACUCCCUCGGAAUCACCACGUUACGAUCCUCAUCAUAAUGUGGUAUCAUCACAAGUUCCUGCAUGGUAAUAAGGAAACGGUGAUCAACAACAUGCUCCAGCGUUUCCACGUAUCCUGCCUACGCGUUGUCGUUCGAAGCGUAACCAGGGAGUGUCAGCAAUGCAAGAUUCGCAAAGCGAAACCAUCGAUACCUAGGAUGAGCCCGCUACCAGCUGCCAGACUAGGAGCAUUUUUCCGGCCAUUUACAUUCGUCGGUCUGGAUUAUUUCGGGCCAAUGAUUAUUCGAGUCGGUCGUAGCAACGUGAAACGAUGGGUUGCGUUAUUCACGUGUCUUUACAUCCGUGCCAUGCACCUAGAAGUCGUGCAUUCGCUUUCAACCGAGUCAUGCAAGAUGGCUAUUCGGCGUUUUGUAGCCAGGCGUGGCUCACCAUCAGAAAUAUACAGCGAUAAUGCGACAAACUUUCUCGGCGCCUGCAACGAACUUCGAAGCGAGUUUAAAAGUAUUAAUGAAAGCCUGGCGGAGACUUUCACAAACGCCAGUACGAGAUGGCUUUUCAUCCCUCCGUCCGUUCCGCAUAUGGGUGGCGCUUGGGAGCGGAUGGUACGGUCAGUUAAAACAGCUUUCUACGCGAUAACAACUACCAAGCUUCCAACGGAAGAGAUGUUCGGUACAGUAUUAGUGGAGGCCGAAGGUAUUGUCAAUUCCAGGCCUUUGACCUUCCUAGCUUUGGAUGAAGGCAACCAAGAAUCAUUAACACCCAACCAUUUCCUCCUUAUGAGUUCCAACGGAGUUGUGCAGACACCGAGGAAAAUCUACGAGUCGAAUGCCAUGUGUCGGAGUGACUGGGACCAUUGUCGUCGCAUGGUGGAUCUAUUCUGGCGGCGUUGGAUCCGCGAGUAUCUGCCUGUAAUAUCAAGAAGGACAAAAUGGUUUGGGGAAGUAAGGUCGGUGAAGCAAGGAGAUUUGGUAAUAGUCGUUGACGAUGGACUUCGCAAUGGAUGGGUGCGUGGACGCGUUCUGAAGGUUCGGCCAGGUCGAGACGGUCGAGUGUGCCAAGCGUGGGUGCAGACAUCAUCCGGAGUACUUCGAAGACCGGUAGCGAAACUUGCGGUGCUAGACCUGGACUCUGGUAAAACUGGUGCUCGGAGGGGUGACAAGUGUUACGGCCCGGGGAAUGUUACGGUGGAUAUGACCGAACCCGUAAGUCCCCUCGGACGUAGCGUUAUUCCUGCGACUGACAGUGACAGGCAAGACAGCUCGAGCUCGAUCUGUCAUAUGAUUGAAGGCAAGUCAUCAUCACCCGGCAUAGAGAAUAGCAGAUUAAGCGUGGUAUCAUUUAUUUAA